AUGCCGGUUAAAGGAAUAGUAUCGCUGGCUUCUGGCCGAAAUGGCGUGGGAGCUUUCAUCCUGCAGUGCAAGCGACUCGACUUUCACUACUGCGACUGGGCAGGCAGUUCUAAGGGCAUGAACUCCUUUAUCAAGGAAAUGCUUCCCGAUUUCGCCAAACGAAACCCUCAGAUCGAAAUCCGCAUUUCUCCCCGUCCCCACAAACACCCCGUUAUCAAGGGACACUACGUCAAUGGCCGUGAGAAGGCAAUCUGUGUACGGAAUCUCGAAGUGUACGAAGUUCUUCAGAAAGCGAACCUGUUGAAGGAAGCUAGCGGGGAGAAGCUACGACGAACGAACAAGCCUGUUCUCAGCAUGAACGAGAGCGUCAGAGGCAUCUGGUCUCCUUACCAUGGAGACAUGAAGCAGAUAUAA